AUGGGUGCUGCUAUCCUAGUGGCGACUGCAACAAUAGUUAAUGUGGAGUUCAUAAUUGGAAAUGUUGGGAAUGGAUUCAUUGCUCUGGCAAACAUAAUGGACUGGGUCAAGAGAAGAAAGCUUUCUUCAUUGGAUCAGCUCCUCACUGCACUGGCCAUCUCCAGAAUCACUCUGCUGUGGUCCCUGUACUUAAUGAAAAGAACAUUUUUAAUGGAUCCAAACAUUGAUACAAUUGUGCAAUCAACAAGACUGACUAAUGCUAUCUGGAUAAUUUCUAACCAUUUUAGUAUAUGGCUGGCCACCAUCCUCAGCAUAUUUUAUUUUCUCAAGAUAGCAAAUUUUUCUAACUUUAUUUUUUAUUACCUGAGGUGGAGAUUUGAAAAGGUGAUUUUGGUGGCAUUGCUGGUGUCCCUGGUCCUCUUUUUUAUAGAUAUUUUAGUAACAAACAUGCACAUUAAUAUUUGGGCUGAUGAAUUCAAAGGAAAUGUGUCUGACAGUUACAAAUUAAAGAUUUUUUUCCAGGUUUCCAGGCUUCUUGUGUUAACAAAUACUAUGUUCACAUUUGUACCCUUCACUGUAUCUAUGAUAAUGUUUUUUCUGCUUAUCUUCUCCCUGUGGAAACAUCUGAAGAUGGUGAAGCACAUUGCCCUAAGCUCCCAAAAUGCCAGCACCACAGCCCACAUCAAUGCUUUGAGAAAUGUAGUUGUCUUCCUCCUCCUGUAUGUCAUUUUCAUUUUAUCCCUCUUUGCACAUCUUUGGAGCUUUGAGUUUGAAGAAAAGACAUAUUUUGCUUUCUUUUGCCUUGUUGGUAUUUUUGCAUUACCAUCACUCCAUUCAUGCAUCUUGAUUCUUGGAAACAGUAAAUUGAGGGAGAUCUCUCUUUUGGUACUGUCACUGUUAAAGUGCAAGAUGCAAGGAUGUGAAUCCCUGGGUCCCUGGCACACUAGGGAGGACACUUUUGCACAAUUUCAAUGA